AAGCAACAACAGGAAGUGACAGGAUGACCGUCGCACUCGGCAGUUCUGCUGCGGGCGUUCUCGCGCUCCUAGAAGAAGAAGACAACGUACUUAAGACCCAUGCUCUCCAGAAGCUAAACCAAGUGGUGGACCACUACUGGGCCGAGAUCGCAGAUGCCAUUCCGCUUAUCGAGGAGUUAUCGGAGGAGAAGAACUUUCCAGACCGCGAGUUGGCAGCCUACGUCGCCUCCAAGUGUUUUUUCCACUUGGAGGAGUACGAGGACGCACUGCGUUUGGCUCUGGGUGCCGGCAAAUACUUCGAUUUGAACACGCGUUCUCAGUACACAGAUACGAUCAUCGCCACGUGCAUCGACAACUACGUAGCUGUACGUGUCAAAGAGGAUUUGGAGGCCGAGAAGGCUCUGGACCCACGACUCACUCAGGUGGUGGAGCGCAUGUUUGAACGCUGCUAUGCCGCGGGCGAGUUCCGUCAAGCUAUGGGCAUCGCAUUGGAGGCUCGAAGAUUGGACCAGGUGAAAGAGUGCCUUGCACGCUCAACUGACGUAUCGGCAGCGCUGUCAUACUGCUUCGAGAUCUGCAAGACUGUGGUCAGCAACCGCCACUUCCGUCUCAAGGUGUUCGACGUCAUGCUGGAAGUCUACCGCUCCCGUCCCACGCAGGACUACGCUAGUGUGUGCCAGAUCCUACAUAUGCUGGACAACCACGUGGAAGUCAGCAAGAUCCUGGAGCAGCUCGUGCGUGGCAGCGACCGCGACUGCCUCGUCGCCUACCAAGUCGCAUUUGAUCUCAAUGAGAACGAGAACCAAAAGUUCCUAAUGAAUGUCUAUCACGCACUACCGAGUCCACCGGCACCUGCGGCAGAACCGGCGGCAGACACGACCACGACGGCUGAGGAGGGCAAGACAGAGACGCCUGCACCCACCCCAGCUGUACCUGCUAUGCCUCCACCCGCUCCUGCUGGAGCUUCUGCUGAUUACUGGGACAAGGUGGCUAAGCUGAAGCAGAUUCUAUCGGGUGAAUUCCUUGUGGACUUGAAGCUGGACUUCCUCCACAGCCGCAGCGACUCAGACCCGCUUGUUAUGAAAACUAUUAAGACGGCAGUGGAGAACCGCAACUCGGUGCUGCACCAUGCGGCUGUGAUCGCACACGCUUACAUGAAUUGCGGUACCACGUCGGAUUCCUUUCUGCGCGAAAACUUGGAGUGGCUGGGCAAGGCUACGAACUGGGCGAAGUUCACAGCCACUGCAAGUCUGGGUGUUGUGCACAAAGGCCACGUUCGCGAAAGCAUGAACCUCUUGGCUCCCUACUUGCCUCAAGGCGGCAUGACGACGUCUCCGUACUCGGAAGGCGGCGCUUUGUAUGCGAUGGGGUUGAUCCACGCCAAUAAGGGCUUUGCGGGCUCGGGCAGCAAGACCACGAUGGAGUAUCUGCGUAAUGCGCUCAAGAAUGCUGGAUCAGACGAGACUGUGCAGCAUGGCGCGUGUUUGGGUAUCGGUCUGUGCGGCUUGGCCUCCCACGACUACGAGCUGUACGAAGAGCUCAAGACUGUGCUGUUUACGGAUUCCGCCGUCGCGGGCGAGGGUGCUGGUAUUGCUAUUGGUCUUACUUUGCUUGGUGCUGGAGGUGAGGGGCGCAACGGAGAGAUCGUGAAGGACUUGCUGGCAUACGCGCACGACACGAAGCACGAGAAGAUCAUUCGUGGCUGUGUGAUGGGCAUUGCGCUGACGAUGUACGAGCGUGAAGAGCAGGCCGACACGUUGAUCGAGCAGUUGACUCGGGACAAGGACCCGUUGAUCCGCUAUGGAGGCAUGUACACUAUUGCCAUGGCGUACGCUGGCACUGCGAACAACACUGCUAUUCGACGACUGUUGCACGUGGCUGUGAGCGAUGUGUCCGACGAUGUGCGUCGCGCUGCUGUCACGUGUCUGGGCUUCAUUUUGUUCCGCACGCCUGUGCAGGUGCCCAAGUUGGUGUCAUUGCUGGCUGAGAGCUUCAACCCUCACGUCCGCUACGGUGCUUGUGUGGCUGUGGGUAUUGCGUGCGCUGGCACUGCCAAGAACGAGGCCAUUCAACUACUGGAGCCGCUACUUGAUGACGCUGUAGAUUACGUGCGUCAGGGUGCUUUGUUGGCCUUGGCUAUGGUUAUUAUGCAGGAGUCUGAGGGUCGCAACCCGAAGGUGGCUGCUAUUCGCGCAAAGAUUCUUAAGCUCAUUACGGACAAGCACGUUACGACGAUGACUAAGAUGGGUGCUAUCCUGGCUCAGGGUAUCUUGGAUGCUGGUGGACGCAAUGUAGUUAUUUCGCUGCAGUCUCACUCUGGAUUCACCAAGAUGGCUGCUGUGGUGGGGCUGGCCAUUUGGGCUCAGCACUGGUUCUGGUACCCUCUGUUUAACUUCUUGGAGCUGUCCUUCCAGACGACCAUGGCGGUUGGUCUGAACAAGGACUUGAAGCUCCCGCGUAGCUUUGAACUCACGUGCAAUGCUAAGAAAUCAGCGUUUGCCACCCCCAAGCGCAUGGAGGAGAAGAAGGAGGAGAAGAAAGAGUUGGUUGCCACAGCUGUGCUGUCUACAACUGCCAAGGCUCGUGCGCGUCAGGCGAAGCAGGACGCGAAGGAGAAAGCAGCCAAGCCUGAUGCUAGUGGAGACAUCGUAAUGGAGGAGAAGGACAGCUCUGCCGCCGACGAAGAGAAGAAGGAGAGCGAUGCUAUGGAGGUGGAUACUGAGGGAUCCAAGCCGGCAGCCAGUAAGAAGACACCGGCAGCUAAGGAGCCGAGCGUGUUCACAUUUACGACGCCCGCACGUGUGACGUUGGCACAGGAGUCUGUAAUCUCUCUGGACACAGCGCAGAGGUACGUUCCGGUGAUGCACCCUGCACAGAGACUGGCAGGAGUUAUCAUGCUGCGUGACACAACGCCCGAUGAGACCGAGGAUGUGGAAGCCAUCAAGGCGCCCGCCGCCGCUGGCGCGGAGAACGAGGCAGAGCCGCCUGAGCCGUUCGAGUGGGAGCCACCGCAGUAGGUAUGUACGUACAGGACAAGAGACCUCAAACUCGGUAAUGCAGACCGACAUGGGGAUCGGGCUUUGUUCAGCACCCGCUCGACUCCGACGGAUGCGCAGUAGCAGAAGGGUGAGGUCAGAAACUGUGUGCGACAAAAACAACUCGGAAUAUAAUUUUUCAAUCAA